GUCCAUCCCUUGACACAAUUUCCUACCUCGCGAUUUUCUCGGCGCGUACGUCUUGUUCGCCGCUUCCUUGUGCCAAAGCGCUGCAGUGACUUCCACACGUGCCAAAACCGGAGAAAGUCGAUGCCUCGUAUUCUGAACCAGGCAGGUAAGACAUGCAACACCUGCCGCGUCCGCAAGGUCAAAUGCGACGAGGCUCUGCCCGCGUGCCUACGUUGCCGCAAGGCUCAGCGAUACUGUGAUCGCACCAUCCCGCUUCCACAACACAGCAAGAGUCAAGAUGAGACCCCGAAGCCCGAUCUCGCCGCCUUCCCAUCACCAUCCAACCCCCGCGAAGCCCUCCAGAACCCGUCCAUAGCACGCUACUUUUCCCACUACAUCACCACCAUCGCGCCAUGGUACGACCUCAGCGACGCGUCUCUGACCUUUGCCACAAGCCUUCCAGAGGCCGCCUGCGAUAACCCGCUGCCCUUUGCCGCCAUUCUGGCAUUGUCCGCGGUCCACACGAGCCGGACUACCGCGCCCUCCGCCAGGGUGGCGGCCGAGUUUUAUCAUGGCCACUGCGUUCGUUUGCUGAUUAAUCUGACAGUGGAGGAGCACGACAAUGAUGAGAGAACGCAGGGGCUUGCGCUGGCUUCUGUUUGUCUCUUGCGGUCGUAUGAGAUUUUAAGUGAAGAGGUUGACCCAAACAGGCACCUUCAGGGAGCAUAUUCUCUGGCAGCCUAUCAUACCCCUCAAACCGACUCCUUUGGGUCUAGCCUUCGAGCAGCAGGCUUCUGGAACUACAUGCGCGAGGACAUCACCUUUAGUUUAUUCCGAAGAUGCCCGCUCAAGAUAAAUCUUGCUCAGGUGACCCCGACCCUACCGAUGACAGGCCAAAGAACCGAUCAAGACUGCCUCAAUGCCAUUACUCUCAUUCUCGGACGCAUCAUCAAUACAUGCGUCGCAGGCUCAGAUCCCGUCGCGGGUGACUCGUGGUCUAACCUUUCUCAUCUGUUAUUUGAAUGGCGUGAAAGUCUACCAUCACGAUUUGAACCCUUCUCCACGGUUGAGCGCGGUCUGGGCCUCGCCUUGCCAUCCAUUUGGCUGCUUAGAGAUCACCACGCGGCGGCCCUCCACUAUCAACUCGUCGCCGCAACAAUACUCUGUUUCCACGCCAACCCGCAUCAACUAUCAAGUCUUCAAAGCACGCUACACGACCGGCUCGGCCCUCAAGACACAAAAGACGAUAUCCUGGAGUACCUCGCCCUUGACGUCUGUGGCGUAGCAUUCACUGCCAACAAGCCCUCGGUUCAAGUCAACGCCUUUGGCCCCAUCGCAUUCUGUGCACGAUUCAUCAGAGCGGAAGCCUCGCGACAGGAGCUGAUCCGCCGCCUCUUGGCGUGCAAGCGGACAAUUGGCUGGCCAGUUCAGACACUCGUCUCGGACCUGGAGGCGGGUUGGAGGAAUCCACCGCCGCUGGAACAUGCAGGCGACGGAUGAUGAGACGGAUAUUGAUCAAAGGAUGGCCAGUCGUAGCUAGCUAUGAAGAGGGGGUAUGGGGGGUCAGCGAGCGUACCCCGAGCUCGGGUUUGGAGAAAACCCUCGGAAACCUACCAUAGUAGUACCUAGGGGUCUGGAGUGGAUGGGGAAAUGCACGUUGUGUCAUCCAAACCCGAGCUCGGAAUUGGGGCAGGGGGCCUCUUCUCAAGCCUCCUCACUUCAAAAUAUAAAUGCAUGAGAAAUCUCUGGACUCUCUCAUCCAUGUAUUCAUCUGUCC